AUGCUAAUUUCCCCCAUAUUAGAGUCUUUGCUUAAGUGGUUUGGAAAGAUAGUUCAGCAGACGGAAGAGCUAGGAGAAGAUGAACUUAUUCCAGAUUGGCAGCUACCUUUGGCUGAUAAAGACAUAACAAAUAACAUUGCUAAAUUAGUGCAACGCAUCCAAAAGCUUGAAGAACUGAAAGGCCGUGUUCAAGACCUGCCCAAGUCCAUCCAGGUUCCUGCAGCCAAGCAGGAAAAGAAAAAACGAGCAAGCCCAGUACCAUCAAGUCAUAGAGAUCCAAAGGCUAUUUUAGAAGAUCUUGUAAUGAAACAUGCAACUGAGGAUGUAGUCAGCAUGACACAUGCUCUUGAAGAUGACCUGACACCACAAACAAUUGAAAUGAUGAGCACUCGCAUACUAGACAUAAUGAAAGUAUUUGAAAGACAAACAAAUAAAUUACAAAGAAUUUCAAAUGAACAAGAUGUCCUAGAAAGUAAAUACCAGAAGAUUCAAAAUGAAUAUCAGUUGCUAGCAGAAGAAAAACAGAUAAUGGAGAAUGAACUUCAAAAGAUGAGAGAGGAAGAGAAGCUAGGGACGUCAGGCUCAGAAUGGCCUUCGACUGUCGUUAGCACCCGGCGUCGUAGCCAUUGUCGCCGGGGGGAAUCUAGAAGCAGCACCUCCGAUGGGUACACAUCUUAUCGUCGAGAUCUAAAUCUUGAGGUCAGCACCGACAACAGCUGUGGACGCUCCCGACACUCGUACAGCACCGUGCGUUCCUCAGCGACUUCGGCAUCGGCCACCAGCCACUCAUCCCUGGGCUUGCGCCGCCCCCCACGAUCAAGUGGCUCUGCUUUGUCCCCCAAGUGGGUCAGUGGCAAGGGGCGCAUUGGCAAGGGCAGUGUGUCAUUGGGCACCGGGCCCACUUACCUGCACCAGCGAGAUCAUGUUCAGUGA